AUGCUAAAUAGAUCGGCAUAUGGCUACUCCAUAGAUCAAAUUAAUAAGCUCACACACCUAUUCUUUAUGGACGACCUCAAACUCUUCGCUAGGGGUCGAAAAUACCUGGAGGGACAACUGGAACUAGUGAGACAAUUCAGCAAGGAUAUUGGCAUGAGGUUUGGCAUAGAAAAAUGUGCGAUGGUGGACGUGACAAGAGGUAGACUGGACCGAGGGGAGGAUGUUGUUUUAUCGGAUGGUCAAAUUAUAGGUAGAUUGGGACCAGAGGAAAGAUACAAGUACCUGGGUAUCCAACAAACGUACGAAAUCAAACAGCAAGAAAACAAAGCCGAAGUGGAGGAGGAGAUGAUGAAGAGGGUGCGAAAAAUCCUAAACACUCAGCUAUCAGCCAAAAAUAAAAUAAUGGCCAUAAAUAUCUGGGCACUACCGACAUUUAUGUACACAGCUGGGGUACUUUCCUGGUCCAAAACUGAUCUGGAAAGAUUGGACAGACGCGUAAGGGCUGCGCUCACAAAAAGUGGCAUGUUGCAUCCGAGAUCUGCAAUCGAGAGAAUAUACUUACCACGUAAUGAGGGCGGACGAGGAUUGGGCAAUAUAGAGCAUUCUUACCUGAGAGAAGAACGUAAACUGAAAAAUUACUUCACUCGGGGAAACUUACCUCUGCAGCGCCUGGUGUCUAACCUCUGUUUUCCUAGGGCAACUUCAGAAACCCAGAGCACAGAACCUGAAAUAGGAAGCCCAUAUGAAUUGUGGAGACAAAGCUGGCAAUCGAAACCGCUACAUGGACGGUUUUAUGCGAGUCUACAUCAACCGGAAGUCGAUAUACAGAAUUCAACAACUUACCUGAAACAAGGAUACCUUUUCCCCCAGACAGAAGGAACCAUUUUGGCCAUACAAGACCAGGUAGUGCCAACAAGAGUAUACACAAAACAUAUACUUAAACAGAAUGUUGAAACUACUAAAUGUAGACUCUGCAAUCAAGAAGAGGAAUCAGUCCAACACCUCUCAUCGGGCUGCUCAGCUAUAGCCGGAACAAAAUACCUCAGCCGACACAAUAAUAUGGGUAAGGUUGUGCACCAGCUGCUUUGCUUAAAGGAGGGACUUAUCCAGCACUUCACCCCACACCACGCUUACAAUCCCCAGGGGCUGAUGGAAAACAACAACAUCAAAGUGUACUGGGACUUACCGAUUACGACCGAUCAGGGAGUGGAACACAACCGACCCGACAUGCUGGUAUGGGAUAGGAGGAAAAACAAUGCCAUUAUUAUUGACUUUUCAGUGCCUCUCGAUCAGAAUUUGGCGAAAGCAUAUAAGGAGAAAAUCUUAAGGUAUGAGGCGCUGUCGCGGCAAAUAAAGAACAUCUGGAAACUGCAAUGGGUGGAGAUAAAGCCUCUAGUCGUCAGCUGCAAUGGGCUUAUCCAUAAGAAAACUGUACAACAUCUACAGGAACUCCAACUACCCCCAAACACAAUAUGUUGGAUGCAAAAGGCUGUUAUCUUGGGUACAGUGAACAUCGUACGGCAGGUGGUCUAUCCUUAUUGA